GGACCGCAAGUUGCAAGUAAAAUGUCGACGCGGAAAAAGAGAAGCUCCAUCAGCUCUAUCAGCUAUAAAGUGGAAAAUUCCCCCAUAGGUAAUUGCUGGCUGAAAGUCCUGACUUUAGUUCUGCUUCUGGCCAACUUGGCCGACGCACUGAAGGCCGGGGAAUCCAUCCAGUUGGCAACCGGCAGCCCAUCACUGGGCAUAAACAAUGCAGACAGCAGCCUGGAGCAGCUCAUCGAGAUGCGGCUGAAUGAGUCGGCCUCCUCAUCCGUCCAGAGCAACCAGUCGCAGGAGCUGUUGUCCCGGAAACGACGCUAUUUGGUAUUUCCGGAGGGCAGCUCCUUUCAGAUGGUGUACGAUGAAAUUGUGGGAGUGGUGGACCAUACGAACUACUUGAUUCUGGGCAUUACGGUGGCUCUGGCCUGGGAGCUGCCCAGCAAGCCCCCCAGCGAGGAGCUGGACGACCUGCUCACCAAGUUGGAGGACGGAACCAUAGACAUCAGUCGCAACGACACCGUGUCGAACAUAACCUAUGUGGAUGACGCCUCGGGAUCGUCCUCCUCCACGACCACCACGAGCAAGCCCCCGGACUACAAGCCCAACUACAUCAACUUGUCGAGUUACGGCGGCUCCUCGAGUGGCGGCAACUCCUACUACAGCUCCUCGCCCGUUUUCCGCACUCCGAUGCAUCCUUCGCAUCAAUAUGCCGACAGCUAUUACCACCGCCCAAAGGGGGGCAGGAGGAAGGACAACCACUACUACUACACACGACCCGGGGUCAGCUCCAGCAAUCCGUUCGCCAAGUGGGCGCGGCCCUACACUCCCGCCCAGAACUCGCGCUAUCCUUACUGGGCACUCAACUCGAGACUCAAAAAUCGCUACUACGGGUAUAAAACUCAACAGGCAGCACCACCGACGGCGCAUCGUCGACAGGACAGCAGGACAACCACAACCAGCACAACUAGUCGACCCACUCGGAGACCGGCACCUCGCCAUCAUCGCAUAUAUCCGGUGUUUGGAAAGCGCAGCAUUCCGGAUGCAGCCAAUCCGCAUCAACGUCAGCGACGCAGUGGAGUGGCCACCGAGCACGAGGACAAGUUGAGUCGCCUGGAGCAGCUCCAGAUCAAGCACCAUCGCAGGAGCCGACAGGCGUUGUAUGAGCGAGUGGAGAAGUAUCUGGAUAAACGAGGUCACCAUGGCCACCACUGCGUACUGCGAACUCUCUGCGAGACUGGUCAGAAAUCAGGGGAGGAGGAGCCCGACUUUGUGGGCGAACUGAUGCGAGCGGUGUUUACCAUUCCGGAAGCCAUGGACAACGAACCGGUUGCCUAUCGCGACACCCACUACGACAAGGCCCACGCCUCCAAGCAGGACUGUGCCCUCUACCCGGGAUGCAAACAGUCCAUGUGGCAGGCCCAU